CGUGCGUGCAUGUGCGUGUGCAUGUGUGUGAGAGCUGCAGGGCGUGCGUUUGUGCGUGCGUGUGUGUUUAUGGGUUUGCCAUAGGGCGUUGCAGCCAUACGUCUUGCUGACAAGCGGGUGGGGUUUGAUGGGACAUGCUCUGCAUACCGCUCCAUCUGGCUCGAGGAGGCGAAGGGAUGGAGGGAGCAGAGGGGGCGACUGCGCCUGCAUACCAACACGGCCCCCUUGUUUCCCUGCGCACUCCCUGUGAAUCCCGAUGGUGCCACCUGUCCCUCAUCUGCGGUCCCCAUCACGUCCUCCGGUCGUUCUCUCCACUUCCGUACGGAGCAUCCUCACGAACCUCCAUCACACCAGGCCCGUAUCGCUCCAUCUACUCCAUUACCUUCCCGUCCCGCUCCCUCUCUUCACACAUUACUGUGCACCGUGCGUGUAUUUGUGUGUGUGGGUUUGACUCACCUCAAGGCACCAUUUUGCAUUGACAUCGUGGACAUUACUUUUGAAUUCGCCCGCGUCUCGAGGCCUCAGGGACUCAGGAGUCAGCUCCCAACGCCGUGCGUCUAGAUGAUAUGUUUGCCUGUGCGUCUGUGGAACAAGUGGGUCAGUCUAUAUGCGUUUUCCCAUUUAACUCCAUAAUGAAGAUAUCAGCGGCCUCCUAAUACGCCGCCGCCGCAGCCUGAAUUGUGUCACGGCCAACGUCUCUGAAAAAAUUCUCCCAGCGUGAUUGAAACCCAUUGUUGUUUUGAAAAAUGGGAUUUGGCGAAGUGAAGUACCCUCGAGUGGCAUAUUACCGCCACCGUUAUCGCAUCAUUUUCUGGGUCUCCAACUGUACGAUCAAGGUGCACGCACACACACACACGCACACACAGGCAGUUGUAGCUUAUGAAGUGUGUAAUGGAGAUUGUUUGACUCUGUCUCCUGAUGACAGUCUUUGCAGUCAUCGCAGUCUCUAUGAAUAAUCUCAAACACCAACAUCAGGCAGCGUUGCCCCCGUUUCACUAGGUGAUUUGAAUAUAAAAUGACCUCGUUGCUUCGCACGUGAUGAUGAAAUGCACGGGGUUUUGAUAUAACGCCGUGUUUUCGCCUUGAGUUGUGGGUUAGCACAGUCCUCUCUUAACAUAUCGAACUCCUUCUCGGGGACUUGGUUCCUUCUAGAUAUCGUUCAUUGCAGCAACCUUGUUUCAGGCGAGUGAUGUAACUUGCGUGUAACCUUAGAAAAGGCGUGUAUCACAAGUCAGCGGGGGGAUAAAAUCUCCUUUCUUUGAGCUCGUCUGGAAGAGGGUAGCAGCGAGAGGGAGAAAAAGGCGAAGAGGGAAAGAAAGAGAUAUUUUGCAAACAUUGAGGAUCACGUAAUCAUGGCCGAUGCGAGCGGGUGAUGCAAGCGUGAAGACAUCGGUGUGAGUGGCAGGUAGUUGUCCAGGGUUCUGCCUCAUUUCUAGGAUCACUGCGAGUCAGACGCAUGCAAUGCAACAGGAUUAAAGAAGUUACAAACAGCCACAUUAAAACUUUUCCAUUUUGUUUUCACGAAUAACUUUUAAAGUGUAUUCAGAGAGACGUGGUUGAAGAUCAACGUCUUAUAAUAAAGACAGAGAAUCAUAAGCUUUAAAUGUGGUGACUUACCACAGAUCAGGACCCAGUGGGUUCAAAGACUAAACACCUUUGUGUUCAAAUGAAAGGAUGUUUCAUCUUCGGAGGUGAUUAAAGAAGCCUGACAUGUUCAAAAGACAGAUAUUUGUUACUACAUCACAGGUCUAACGUGAUAUAAUGAAGCACCACUACAGCUCCGCAUCUGAUUGUCAUUUGGGCCAAAUGUUAUACUAAUAUUUAGACCAAGAGCUUCUUUAUGAUGCUUGGGAUGAACACAGGCACCAAGUAGCUGUUGUCAGACAUGAAUCACUGUCAUCCAUGGGGAUGAUCAUCAAUAGCUUUGGCACCGAGUCUACACACGUUUCGAGAGGCUCUUCUGUUCCUUUACAGCUAAUUGCUGCCUCUCCAACAGGCGUCGUCCUCCUCUACAACCCAUUAACUCCUGGACGGCGGCGCUUCUGAGAAGUCGUAAAGUGAGUUAGGCAAAGUCAAAGCACUCACGCGUCCCCAUUAAGCCUCCGCACAUCGAUACCUGUCCGGCCCUGGAACACCAUCCGCCGGCUGGCCGCAGACCUGCCACUCUGCCGGCAACAUGUAACUGAUGGGGCCGUAACAGGGCCAAUAAAUGGACAUAGGCGCGCAUUAAGUUCAGCCAUUAACUUUUAACAGACGUAUUAGACUGGAUCAGAUGCCUGACUUUGUUUCCAAGGUUGUUUAAGAACGCUUGUUCAUUCUGAGCUGAAUUAUGCAUGAGGCAGUCUGCAUUGUUCCACCUGGUUCUGCCGCUGUGCCGAAGCCGAGGCUCGUCUGACGGUUGCCUGUCAUAUAUUUUUAUUUAAAAUACACAAGCCCCAUGUGCUCACACGGGUGUGUGUGUUUUCAAUAAUACGCUUCACUUGUGAGAUGCGUUUCUAUUUUCCCCAAGACUGGAUAAAUGAUUUGGUGGAGAUGGUUUCGCUAUUGAUUCCAGUGGCAUAGUAGCUGCUGAGUGACUGGGCGUGUGCGGCGCUCGCUGCUUAGCGUAAGGCCAUUUGUUUGAUUCCGCUUUGUAUGCGUCGCGGGGCUCUCCAUCAAACGGGGGAAGAGGCACGAUGAGAGAGGAGCCGAAUGCGAUUCCGCGCUAAUUCGUCCUCCAUCCGCCGUCGUCUCCACUCGAGGGAUGACUUUCAGGCGGGUCGACGACGGAGGAGCUCAGGCGUCUGCGCGUCACACGCUGCUUCACAGUUUAGUUUGGAUAUAGUUUUAAUUGUUAUUACCCCAGUAAUGCUCUAAUCAUCUGACAGAAACCGCCUGCACAGUUUACAGAGUGAUAUUGUAUCAUUUGCGCCCGAGAGAGCGCUGGCGCUCACUAUCUGAUCUGAUUUACUCCAUCCAUUUCCCUUCCUGGCCUCGCAGAUUAAGCUGAUUAGGACGCGAUUUGGAUCCUAAUGCGACGUGCUAUCUGAGAACGGAUCGUGUGAACCGGGCCAACGAAUACCACACAAUUAGAAAAGACAAUAUACAGAGGAGCGGGAAGCAUGAGCUCAGAGCGGCGCUGAAAUAGAACGAGUACAACCAUGUGCGAUGCGGUGACGCUUCAGGACUCGGAGUCUGUUAACUAUGUGCGUGUCGGGCCUUCACUGUUUGUUUGACUGGAAAAUGAUGAAUUACCUCAGGUCCUGUCACCCACACACCGUCUUUAAUGACCUUGUGUUUUCAUAGAUCAUGUUUUAGGCUGGCGUACAGGAAAUGACAGCUGAUGUUUUCAAAAGAACAGACAAUCAGACGGACGCUGUGUGGAGAAGCGUCUCGCUGUCUUCACAUCCUUCUUCCAUUCUCUUCUUUCCUAAUCUCCUGCUGCUCUCAUGCUUUUUCCCUCCAGUCUCAUUCCUCUUCCUCCAUUUCUAGGCCGAAGCAUAUAUUUAGGGCGAGCCACUAAUAACGUAUACAAUCAUUCUAACAGUGGGAUUCAAUAACCUUUUGAAUCGGGGCCCAACCCAAAGACGAGGCCCAGCCCGGUACCUCAAAGGGCAUGGUUCUCGCCCGCCUCAGUGCGUGUGAGCGCUGGGAGCCAGAUCUGCCCAACGUUCCCAGUGGCUUUAUCAGCCUCCGCCGCCCGCGAUGGCACCGCGGCGAGGACGCUGACCUCCGCCUGGGAGGACGUGGGACGGGGCUUUCCAGGCCUUUCCUUUCCGCUAAAAGGGUCCGUCUGUUUUCCCAACGUUUGGAAGCUGCUGUCGAGUCGUAAAAAUCGCAAUUUCUCCUCAGCCGACCGCUGAGGAAUAUCCUAAUAGCAGCGUGUUCUCUGCUUUCGCUAACGUCACAGUUGUUCCCAGCAAAUCUCCAAAGAAGCUAAUUAGCAUUCCUGAGCAUGUUGCAGGUCAUAAAGCUUUGAGGUUUAACCGCUUCCUUUUCCCGACUUCUCAAAAAGGUCAACGGGUAAAUUGGCGUUUGGCGGCGCUCGCGUCAAGCGUUAGCGCACGCGGAGCUGCGGCGCCCGCUCUGAUUUGACUCUUGCUGACACCUCCGCGUCUCCUUUGCCAGGCGGCUAAGGCUGAGCUAGCGUGACUAAAAUCCUUAGCCUCGCCGCGCGUCGGCCACGGUGCGGCUCGAACCCGGGUGACAGGUUUAGGCUCCGCUGUCUCCCCACCCCCGCGUCGCCGCUCCUCCCUCCACCUAAACCGAAAAGUAGCACGUGAUCCUAAUUCCGCGGAUCCAAGCCGUCGUCAAGGAGGGGCGCCAGCGUCUAUGUAGCUAGCAGGCUACACGCGUACAUACACACAAGUGAAGGCCAGUCAUCUUGACGUUGGGUAUUAACAUUAUGUAACAGCGGAAGCAGAAUCACAUAAGGAUCUUAGGGGACUUGUCAAGAGAAUGUCUCCUCCCUGACUUCACUGAAGUGAGUGUGUCACAUACUUUCCUGAUCGCACUGGGAAGCGCUCCACCAUGCCCGACUCACCUGCGGAUGUCAAGACACAGUCCAGGUUGACCCCACCCACCAUGCCGCCCCCGCCCAGCACGCAAGGAGCACCGCGCAACAGCUCCUACACCCCCACGACGUUGACCAACGGAAGCAGCCACUCCCCGACGGCGCUCAACGGCGCGCCGUCGCCUCCCAACGGCUACAGCAACGGGCCCAGCUCCUCCUCCUCCUCCUCGCUGGCCAACCAGCAGCUGCCGCCGGCGUGCGGCGCCCGGCAGCUCAGCAAGCUGAAGCGCUUCCUCACGACGCUGCAGCAGUUCGGCAACGACAUCUCGCCGGAGAUCGGCGAGCGCGUGCGCACGCUGGUGCUGGGACUGGUGAAUUCCACGCUAACCAUCGAAGAAUUUCACUCCAAGCUCCAAGAAGCCACCAACUUCCCGCUGCGACCCUUCGUCAUACCCUUCCUGAAGGCCAACCUGCCACUGCUCCAGAGGGAGCUGCUUCACUGUGCCAGGCUGGCCAAGCAGAACCCGGCACAGUACCUGGCCCAGCACGAGCAGCUGCUCCUGGACACCAGCACCACCUCGCCGGUGGACUCCUCCGAGCUCCUGCUGGACGUCAACGAGAACGGCAAGAGACGGACGCCGGACAGGACCAAAGAGAACGGCUUCGAGCGCGACGGCAACCUGCACCCCGACGUCCACCCCAGCAAGCGGCCCUGCACCAUCAGCCCCGCGCAGCGCUUCAGCCCGUCCAACGGCCUCUCCUACCAGCCCAACGGCCUGCCUCACCCCGGCCCCCUGCCUCCGCAGCACUACCGGCUGGACGACAUGGCCAUCGCCCACCACUACAGAGACACGUACAGACACCCCACCUCCAACCACCGGGAGGUCCGGGAGCGAGCCAGGCCUAUUGGAAUGCACACAGGGACCAGGCAGGAGGAAGUCAUUGACCACAGGCUGACAGACAGAGAGUGGGCCGAGGAGUGGAAGCACCUUGACCAUGUAAGAAAACUGCUGAACUGCAUCAUGGACAUGGUGGAGAAGACGAGGCGCUCGCUCACGGUGCUGCGGCGGUGCCAGGAGGCCGACCGCGAGGAGCUCAACUACUGGAUCCGACGGUACAGCGACGCGGAGGAGCUGAAGAAAGGCACCACUAGCGGGCAGUCGAGACAGCAAAGCCCAGCAGCACAAGAAAACUCAACAUCAGAAAUUCACAGGGAGCUGCUGCAUCGGCCUGUGUCAGGAUACGUCCCUGAAGAAAUCUGGAAGAAAGCUGGUACGGAAGGCUUGACUUCCUGUGUCUCCACAAUCUUUCCAGAAGAGGCAGUGAAUGAGGUGAAGCGACAGGCCAUGUUAGAGCUGCAGAAGGCCGUGUCGGAGGCCGAACGCAAGGCUCACGAGAUGAUCAGCAGCGAGCGAGCCAAGAUGGAGCGCACGGUGGCCGAGGCCAAGCGGCAGGCGGCCGAGGACGCCCUCUCCAUAAUCAACCAACAGGAGGACUCCAGCGAGAGCUGCUGGAACUGCGGCCGCAAGGCCAGCGAGACGUGCAGCGGCUGCAACACGGCGCGCUACUGCGGCUCCUUCUGCCAGCACAAGGACUGGGAGAAGCACCACCACGUCUGCGGGCAGACCCUGCAGGCCCAGCAGCAGCAGCAGCAGCAAGGCGGCCAGCAGGGGGGGGGCGCCGCGGGCCCCGAGACCCCCGCCCCCGUCAGCUCCUCGGCCUGCACCCCGAGCAGCGGCACCGGGAGCCCGGCCGCCACCCCGCCCGCCGCCACCCCGCGCUCGUCCACCCCCAGCACCCCGUCCUCCUCCGCCCUGGACGGCACCGCGCGCUAAGAGACUGACGCCGACGGAGCCGGCAGCAUGACUGUCUGCACUGCCUUGCAAGGAUGCUGAGCUGACAGAAUGAGGCAAUGCUUCUGUCUGUCUUACAGCGUAGUCAUAGGAGGAGGAGAAGGUCCAUAAUCAGGUCAUAUUGACUUACCAUGACUUUAAAGAAACACAAAGAUAUUCUUUGUUUUGAAUGAAUGACUUUAAACUCUGACAUCCUUUUAUUGUUACCCUUGCUAUUCUUGUUGUCCGUUUGUCAUUGUGCCUGUUGCUGUUAAUGUUGCUGUCAUUGUAGAUCCGGUUAUUUUCUCCUGUAAAUACAAAGAGACUGAGCAGAGACAAGUUUAUCCGACCUCCCCUUUAUUCAAUGUCUUUAUUUUCCAUCCUUGAAUUAACACUUAUUUCCUUCCUGUACCUGGGACACAAGACUCCUGAACCUCAAGACGACGUUUUACCAAACAUAGGGACAUGAUGGAAGGCAUGGACGUUCUCGUUGAAGGAAAACAUUUGGUCUGAAACCGCUGAAACAUGCACAGACGGAUGGAUAUAUGAACACGUUUCCUGCCUGGAGAGGGACGGACUGAAUCUCUGGUCCACAGACCUCUAUGAAAUGGGCAGAUGUGCAGCAGAUUGCGAGCAGAGCCAGCUGUUCAACCAAUGCUUUUUCCCUCUCACUUGUAAUAAUAUCCAGGUCAGUGGGCUGGGAAAUACAAAUCCGUCUCCCUGAAGGAUGUAAAAGGAAGAAUUCUUGGACAAGGUACAAAACUUUGCCCGCUGCACAUACGGAGGAUGUACUGACCACAAUUUACGCGCGCUUGCUUGGUGGGUCACAGAAGCUCUCGAAGGAAGUGAAGUCAUCGCGAGACUGUCAGCGCCUCGACGGCGGCCACUCAGAGCUGACGGACCAACAUUAGCGGACUCCCCUCCUGUCUCAACUCUGAGAAACAUUCUCAUCUUUCUUCGCGUUCUUAUUCUUUCUCUGUAGAUGUCAUAGUGUUUAAGACUUCCGUCCUGUGGUGUCAUCAAUGGUUAUUUAUUGUAUAUGUGUUGGACAGUUGUGACAACGCAUAGUACUUCAACCCGUCACAACUCUGAGUCCCUCCAUCAUCCUCUCUCUCUAGCUGGUGCAAAAAGAGACAAAAAAAGAAGUGUUAUGUUUUUUUUCCCCAAGCUGCUUUUUUCUCUUCUGUGUGUAAGUGGUAGAUCCCCGUAGUUCUAUGAGUUUCCCUUUGUCCUCAAGAAAAGACACAAGCUAUAUCUCAGAGCUGCUACUUGAGUCCGACCCAGAUCUUUUCUGAGUACUAGCAUGUUGCGCGGAAUGCUAACCUAAAUGUUUUAUACUAGGGACAUAAAUGUAUUUGCACUGUCACAGAGGUUAUUUCGGCAUGCUUCUUUUCAGCAUACUUGUGUUGUCUCUAUAGAGCCAUAAUCCAUCAACCAUUUUCUAUGUAGUGAUGGCAUCAUGUUUUUACAUUUACCGGGAUGGAGUGGUUGGAAAAUGUAAAAUCACUGAACCCGCUUUUUUUCUUGUCGACAUGCUAACGAAAAGCGACCAUAAUGUUUUUUAAUAGUUACAGACAGUGCAUGCACAUUAUUGAACGUUUGGUAAAUAUUUGUUAUUUUAUAGAAAAGUAAAAAAAAAAUUGACCCAAAAAAAUUUUAAAAAUGCAAAAAAACCACAAAACUAUUCUAACAGACUAACUUUCCAAAUGCAGAGGUGUAGACUCCGAUUGACAGCUUUAACACUGCAAGGCACCAGGUAACACACAGUAUUAACACUAGAGACACACAAAAACACCAAAAACAGCCAAAGACUGACACCAAGGACCAAAAUCCUGAUUUAAACAAUUUUCAGAUGAGGUUUGUUCUCACAGACAUUUGGUUAUUUAUUUCUGCAGUUUCAGUAUCAUGAGAGUCGUUUAUUUUGCCAGUUGCACUCAUCUUGCGUUGUGGAAUGAGAAGGUGUGACUUUACCCAUGAUGAACAUUUCGCAUCAGUGUUACAUUUUAACUGGAGCAAUAAUGACUCAUUACUUCGGGUUUGAAGAAUCAUUUUUGAAGAAAUCUAUGAGAUAUUUUUUGAUCUCAUUUUGAACAUUUUCUCAUUACACAAAUGUCAGAUUUAGUGUCCUCCUCAGCUUUAAGCAGUUCGAUCCUAAAGAGGUGAAUGUGAGACUGGGCUUUUGCAUCAAUGCCAUUUACAGUUGUUUUAUAUAUUUAUAUCAGAGUAUGUCGUUUUGGGGGAAUGGAUAAUCAGUAGCAGUGUUGGAAACGUUCAAUAUAAAUGAAACAGACCUCUCAUUCACAGUAAGAGAGCACUUACCCUGACACACACUAGAGCUCUUCACCCCAAACACCUUGGUGCUACAGCGCGUUGCAAAUUCUGACCUCAAGUAACAAGUGGAGGCCCACAAAGGUUCUGGGCGGUUUGCUCCCUCUAUACUUCCUCACCUCUCCCUUCUUGUCUAAAUAGACUACACCUGCAUUCUUGACUCUAAAGGGUUAAACGAUCCAAAAAGGUGUCUGACACCGUACUUGCGACUCCUCAGAAGCUGUGAAGAAGCAGCCAAGCUGUUUCAACACUGGUGUAUUUGAAAGUAUACAUCAAAUAACGUGUGUUCAUCAUUAUCAGGGCAAAACCUGGGUGUAAAAAACAAAAAAAAGGAUAAAAGUACGCAGACAUUAAUGACUCUUUAAGCUCUAUUUUUUCUUUCUUCCCUCCUCUAUGUGCGUUUUGCUACAAAUUCCUCUGUGGCAAACAAGUCUCACUCUACCUCCUACAGCACGAUAAGAGCAUCAGUCGCGGCGCUGAUACUGGUCUAGUUGAAACCAAAUGGGCACAAGAGAACAGGAAAAUUUUUAAAAAUCCCAAAGUCAAAGCUCAUACAGCUGCAAAACCAUAUCACUACUUGGUAACAAUGCAGACCUCAUAAAUAAAUGACACUUAAAUUAAUACAAAUGAGAAAAAAAGAAAAAACGUUUGUUAUGUUCAUUUAUGCCUGUGGCGUUUCUCGAGUACAUCAAUGGUUUGAACAGAUUUUAAAAAUUGUGCUACUUUUAAAGAAGAGCGUUGUCGAUUCCUACUUCGACAACAAGCAAAGGUCACAGCGAAGAAAUGUUGUUUCUCUCUCGCUUUUUUUCUCCCGUUCCCCCUCCACCUUUUUCUCCUCUUCUCUGUUGUGGAGACAUGCUAAAGUGCUUGUUGACCUGUCAGCUGGGGUAAAAUCAUAAAAUGGGAGGGGAGGGCGUCUACAAAUGGAAAAAAAACAAAUAAAAAAUGAAGGCUAUAAAUUUAGGCAUGCCUGUUUUUCACGAAGAAAAAUGUAAUUUAAAUUUCCUACUUAUCAAGAAAUGGGUGGGGCCGACUGUGAACACCUGAGGCCGUAGCAUUCAUUUGGGGCGGGGUUGACUUCCGGGGAUUGGGGUGGGGGGGCUGCGUUCUCUUGAUAAAUUUUAUUGUGAAAUUUUAAAAAAUGCUCAAAUGAUUUGAAGUUGUUGUGCAAUACUUAAUUGAGACAUGAAAACCACAGGUUAGUGGUAGGCUGACACUGAGCGGUCUUUCCAUCGCUUAGGGUCAGUGUCCUCUAGAGAGCUUUCCAGUCUACUAUGUCAGAACUGUGGUUUCUUGUUGAUUUUCUUUCUUUUUUUGUUUCUUUUAAUAAUUUUUUUUGGGCUGUAAACUAUGAUCUGUCAGUCUGUGAAACUUUGCAGUAUAAUUCUGGUAUUGUUGUUCUCUUUACGGUGUAAUAAAUAUGUUAAUACCUGCCUCAGA